AUGCCUCGCGGCAAGAAAAAGUCUGCUAUCGUUGAGACCAAGCUCAACCAGGCUGCGCGAGCAGACUCUCUCGCGCAAAAUGUGCAGCUACCUCUCGAAGAAGUGACAUAUCCUAAGGGCUCAGCACCCCACCAGCCUAAUCCACCGCUACCAAAAGCGUCCUUUAACAGUAUAAAAGAACAGCUUCGAGCGGCUCGAGCUUGCCAUACUGUCGUCGAGGGCGAGCCAGUCUCCCCCUCAGACGACCGUAUCAAGGAGGCGCACCGUGAGAUCUGGCAGCGCGUUGGGUUCUAUUCCAACCAUCCUAACCAUGAUCCUACGGCCAUUAACGAAGCUUACAUCAAAUCAAUGAGGGAGAAGAGCCAUAGAUUAGGCAAAGUCGUGGCUAAAUACCGCUUGUUCAUCAACAAGCCAACGGGCAAACGUGCCAUGUUGAUGCAGUAUCCCAACCGAGAGGUUGGUCAAGAAUAUCGUGCAACGUCUGGUAAUAAGCCUUUGGAAAUCCGCAUCAAACCUAAAUGCGGUCUUGUCGAGGUCGAGAUCCCAGUGAACAUUCACGUAAAUUACGACAAGGAGAGAGGUGUCGAGUACGGAGAGGCUAUGCGCAAAAGUCGGUUGCUACAGGAAGGAGGAUCGUAUAGUCUUGGUGGUGGUUUGGGAAUCGGUCCAAAGGCAAUAUCAAAGAGCGACCGCCGGGCACCCGCACCAGAAGGGCCCUCGCACGAAAAGCUCUUGGAAAAUUUUGAUGAUGCCAACAACAAGGGCCAUGUGAUGAACAAAAUUACUUUGGGCGGUCAGAUCUAUCCGUUCAGGAACGGUGACCCAAUCUAUAUGGCAGCGACUUUCAAAGACGACAUCUGCACUUGGACGAAAAUGGAUGCAAUUGUCCAGUUACGGCCCCAGUUCGUCCAUCUUGAUGCUAUCAACGAGGCAAAGAAGACCGCGUUUCGAACAGAGCGAGGUCCGGACAAUCGCGAUAAUGUUGAGCAAGAACCCGAAGCCAGGGCUGUCAAUAUGGCUGUCAAAUCGACCGAAGGUAGCGAGGAGGAUAUGUAUGGGGGAAUGAGAGCAACCGCCAAGCUCCUACGCGAUAUGAGAGAUGAGCCGUGGCAGCGUUUGGCUUGGGUUGACCAGGAUGAACCCGAGUCAUACAAAAUCUACAACGAUGCCCUGGUAUACCAAGACCCUGAAAACGCCCCUCAGCUAGUCUCCGAGAUGACCAAUGAGCAAUACCUCGACGCCAUCAGCUGCCCUCGCAUCGAUCCAAUCAAACAGGGUCAAAAAGUCAUGGCACAGGUAGAGGAGUCAUUUCUCGAAUCUGAAGAUAGUGACGGUAAGAUGGAGGUCAUUGACGACACCGAUGACGAAGACAGCGACGAAGAAGAUGAGGAAGAGUAUGAAACCUUGCCCGAAGGUGCGAUCCGCCCUGAUGACUGCGUUGCUGAGAGACGUAUCGAACGCAUUGCCAGGGCAAUCUGCAUCCACCCAGUAACUGAGCAAGCCUUCUACGAAGGCCAUAUGAAGCAGAAAUUCCUCAAUGACCCGAAAUGGGCCAAGCACUCGUUCCUCCUUGCCGGCGAUCGUCAUCACAUAUACUACAAAUAUCGCGUCGCUGAGAACAGGGCUGGUCGAGGCAUCGACCCCGUAUAUGACACGUUUGAGAUGGUGGCAGCACCCCGAGGUCACAGUUCGGGCAGUAGUUGA